AUGGUGGGGGGUGGCAUUCUCGGUACCGGAUUUCAGCUAGCAGUGGUACCAGCAGCAGUGAGAACUCCUCUUGCAUCGUCGAGGAGCGUGAGAGUGCGUGCUCAGGUCCAGGAGGGAGAAGCAUCAUCGGUGGUGCUCAAUCCCUCUAUCCGAAAAGACGUGGAGAAAGUGGUCGACACAGUGGUGGUGGGAGAGAUCUCCAAGCCGGUGACAGCAUAUUGCAGGUGUUGGAGAUCUGGAACAUUUCCUCUGUGUGAUGGGUCUCACAUGAAGCACAACAAAGCCACUGGUGACAAUGUUGGGCCACUCUUGCUCAAGAAAUAG